AUGGACAUUGUACGUAUGGGCAUGUACAUAGUGAACGGCAUGCACUUGGGCAACGGCGAACAAGCAAAGAACGGUAUUCCCUCUAGUGCUACUUUGUCCAAGGGGGCCGAGCCCGCGCUGACACGACCAACAGAGGCUGAUGCGUCAACCUUCAUAAGCCAGAAACCCGUCCUAUUAUCUACUGAGACUGAAGGAUCGUCCACGGAAUAUCCAUCGUCGAUCUCCGAACAGGGCACCCAGUCCAUCGAGGCUGCGACCGUCUUCACCACAGAUGAAAGUGACAACUACCAUAUGCUGUGGACUCUGAAGCACUACCUCGGCUUCAUCCUCCAUGGCUGCAGGAGGCACAACGCCUGUGUGUUCAAGAGGCAGAGAGCAACGAAAAACCGGCCAGGGCGAGAGGAGAAGGCGCUCAAAGACCGGACCUUGGCCGCAGGGAGCACGGCUGAGCAGGCAAUCUCCCAAAGACGACAUGACAUUGUCGGAGACCAGCUUGAGGGUGCGGUCGGAGAACUCCGACAAGUGAGACCAGAGAGGCGAGACGCCAUCGGUGCUCGGGGGCUUUUGCGCACCGAACUCCAAGCCGAGAGGGCUGAAGCCGAAGAGCUCGAGGUUAUUGUCACGGUUUCAACCACCUUACUUGUGUUAUGGCCUAAUUAG